CGAGAGCCAGCCCUGGGCCGCGCCAGAUCAACAAAAGAGAUUGGCCGAGACCGAACAUCGCAGCAUUUAGUGAAACAGAAAGAUCGCGAGCUACCCGGACUCUUAACGCAGCGCACCCCUUAGUGGCUAGUACGCUAAUGCCUCAACCAACUGGCAAGCUUGAAUUAAGCGACGAGUUGGAAUCUACCACCAACGACUGGUUAGAUUAAAACAUGAUAUGCUUGUCCGACUUCUGCCCCAAUAUGGACCACCUACCGACUGGUCACAUCAGGUUGCGCAGGAAUACAUGCUCGGCCUUGAACAAGCUGCCAUGGGCUUCGUGGAAGAUGUCAUGCGGCAGGACCGUGCUGAAAUAGCAGCUGCUCGGCAGCUGCUCAUGCUCAGGCAAAGCUGCGACAGGAAAUGAUGCUGAGAGCUUACUCGGAAGCUGAUGGGAAGUCGAUUGGAGUGAAAGGAGGUGUGGAUUGAGGACAAACGGCGCAGACAACUUGCUUGCUGCUAGGGCUGGGGCACAGCCAUAUUUUACUAGGCAACCCUCAACACUUGUGAUGAUUCUAGACAGCUCCAAGGAUGAUAGAAGUUGAUUAUGCCUUCC